GAGUGGCUCCCCCGGCUGCGCUAGGGGCCGGCGGGUCCUAGGGCAGCGCGAGGUGGCCGUGGCGCCGCGGGGCGAGUCCGGCGAGCCCGGAACGCGCAGGCUCUCAGCUCGGCCUCCGGAGUCGAGCGGAGGGGGAGUUGCACUCGCCUGGUCUGCGCGCCCCACUGUCCCAGCCCCGCUGGCCGGACUGCGGCCGGGCGGUGGCUCUGGGAGGUCCGUGCUGCCCCGAGAGCGCCGAGAGCCCGGCCCGCGCCUCCGCUGCCUCGACGAGGAGCCGGGCGGACGGCGGGCGCGCUCCCCGCGGCCCCGGGAUGACUUGUCGGGGCUCUCCUCUGGCGCCUUUGCUGCUCCUCUCUCUGCAUGGUGUUGCAGCUUCCCUGGAAGUCUCAGAGAGCCCUGGGAGUGUCCAAGUGGCCCGGGGUCAGACAGCAGUCCUGCCCUGUACGUUCACUACCAGUGCUGCCCUCAUUAACCUCAAUGUCAUUUGGAUGGUCAUUCCUCUCUCCAAUGCGAACCAACCUGAGCAGGUCAUUCUGUAUCAAGGUGGACAGAUGUUCGACGGUGCCGCCCGGUUCCAUGGUAGGGUAGGAUUUACAGGCACCAUGCCAGCCACCAAUGUCUCUAUCUUCAUUAACAACACUCAACUCUCAGAUACAGGCACCUACCAGUGUUUGGUUAACAAUCUUCCAGAUAGAGGGGGCAGGAACAUUGGGGUCACCGGCCUCACAGUUUUAGUUCCCCCUUCUGCCCCACACUGCCAGAUCCAAGGGUCCCAGGACAUCGGCAGCGACGUCAUCCUGCUCUGUAGCUCAGAGGAAGGCAUUCCUCGACCCACUUACCUUUGGGAAAAGUUAGACAACACCCUCAAACUACCUCCAACAGCCACUCAGGACCAAGUCCAGGGAACAGUCACCAUCCGGAACAUCAGUGCCCUGUCUUCAGGUUUGUACCAGUGCGUGGCUUCUAAUGCCAUUGGGACCAGCACCUGUCUUUUGGAUCUUCAGGUUAUUUCUCCUCAGCCCAGGAGCAUUGGACUAAUUGCUGGAGCCAUUGGCACUGGUGCAGUUAUUAUCAUUUUUUGCAUUGCACUAAUUUUAGGGGCAUUCCUUUACUGGAGAAGCAAAAAUAAAGAGGAGGAGGAAGAAGAAAUUCCUAAUGAAAUAAGAGAGGAUGACCUUCCACCUAAAUGUUCUUCUUCUGCCAAAGCUUUUCACACCGAGAUAUCCUCCUCGGAGAACAACACGUUGACCUCUUCCAAUACCUACAACAGUCGCUACUGGAGCAACAAUCCCAAAGUGCACAGGAACACCGAGUCGUUCAACCACUUCAGUGACUUGCGCCAGUCUUUCUCCCUCCACCCAGGCAAUGCCAGCAUACCAUCCAUCUACGCCAACGGGAGCCAUCUGGGCCCAGCCCCACACAAGACCCUGGUGGUGACAGCCAAUAGAGGGUCAUCACCACAGGCCAUGUCCAGGAGCAAUGGCUCAGUCAGCAGGAAGCCCCGGCCUCAGCCCCCACACUCCUGCACCAUCAGCCAAGCAACCCUAGAGCGCAUUGGCGCUGUCCCUGUCAUGGUGCCAGCCCAGAGUCGGGCCGGGUCCCUGGUAUAGGACCGCGGAUGCAUUGUGUAAAGAGAAGCAAAGAAGGGCCCCGUGCCAGGGGGAGGCUGGGGUGGUGGAGCGCUGGGGGACAUUCUCCUGACGGUGAUAAAAAGCACAAAGGAGGAGGUGGUGCUGUGACCUGGUCACCAAGAUGCGUACGAUGAACUGGAGUGCUCCAGCAUGAAGACUGUUCCUCCACCCGAGCUGUCCCAGGAUUCUAUUCAAAAAGCUGGAUAUCACUGAUGUGCCAAGCCAAGGAAAAAGGUAUACGAGCAGAACAGUAUUUAAAACCCAAACUGCAGUCCUGAUGGGCUUGUUUUUUAAUUCAUGCCUAACAUAAUAAUUUUUCAAGAGACUAAAGUGCCAGAUGGAGUUUAAA